GUACCCACAAGCUUUAUAGAUCCAACAUAAGUUAAGAACCACUGUACCCACAAGCUUUAUAGAUCCAACAUAAGUUAAGAAGCACUGUACCCACAAGCUUUAUAGAUCCAACAUAAGUUAGGAACCACUGUACCCACAAGCUUUAUAGAUCCAACAUAAGUUAAGAACCACUGUACCCACAAGCUUUAUAGAUCCAACAUAAGUUAGGAACCACUGUACCCACAAGCUUUAUAGAUCCAACAUAAGUUAAGAACCACUGUACCCACAAGCUUUAUAGAUCCAACAUAAGUUAAGAACCACUGUACCCACAAGCUUUAUAGAUCCAACAUAAGUUAAGAACCACUGUACCCACAAGCUUUAUAGAUCCAACAUAAGUUAAGAACCACUGUACCCACAAGCUUUAUAGAUCCAACAUAAGUUAAGAACCACUGUACCCACAAGCUUUAUAGAUCCAACAUAAGUUAGGAACCACUGUACCCACAAGCUUUAUAGAUCCAACAUAAGUUAGGAACCACUGUACCCACAAGCUUUAUAGAUCCAACAUAAGUUAGGAACCACUGUACCCACAAGCUUUAUAGAUCCAACAUAAGUUAGGAACCACUGUACCCACAAGCUUUAUAGAUCCAACAUAAGUUAGGAACCACUGUACCCACAAGCUUUAUAGAUCCAACAUAAGUUAAGAACCACUGUACCCACAAGCUUUAUAGAUGAACACUUAGUCAGCCUCAGCCUGGCAGCCAAUCAGCUUGCAGAUCUUUAAUAGCCUUUCAAAUGAAAGUCCAGCUGGCUUGUCCAUGCGUGGACCAAAGGGGGCGGGGCCAACCUGGAGUGGUUUUAAUAGUAAUAAUGCCUGGGAUUUAUAUAGUGCUUUUCUAAGUACCCCAAGUCGCUUUACAUGUAGAACCCAUCAUUCAUUGACACCUGGUUUUACUCCAAGAAAAGUAACUCUGUCCUAGAGUGUCAUGUGACCUGUCCUGUCUUUGGGUCUUUUAGUGGAAUCUUCUUUUUCUCCCUGUUGAUUGCAAACGCACCUUCUUAAUAAACCUGCUCUUUGGAGUGCAGAGCAAGGUGUUGUUUUGUUGCCGUGACGUCCUGCAUCAGCAGCACUCUGCUGACUUGCACUCGCCAGGAUUAAGCGCUGGGAAUUAAAAGGAGAGCGAGCACCCGCCGCGUGCCCGACACUCUCACGUCUCCGCCGUGGACAGCUGCACGCAGCGCCAUGACCCAGAAGGCGGUCCUCAUCACGGGAUGCUCCUCGGGCAUCGGCCUCUCGCUCGCCACGCGCAUCGCCAAGGACGAGAAGAAGAGGUUCAUGGUCUACGCCACCAUGCGGAACCUGAGCAAGGGCGAGGCGCUGGUGGAGGCGUCCGGUCGCAGCCUGGGUCGCACUCUGGAGAUCAAGCAGCUGGACGUGUGUGACGAGGCGUCCAUCAAAGCCUGCGUGGACAGUCUGCCCGAGCGCAGGGUGGACGUCCUGAUCAGUAACGCCGGCAUGGGCCUGAUCGGACCCAUCGAGUGCCAGUCCAUCCAGGAGAUGAAGACCGUCAUGGACACCAACUUCUUUGGACUGGUCAGGCUGCUCAAGGAGAUCCUUCCUGACAUGAAGCGACGCAAGAAAGGUCACAUUGUGGUCAUCAGCAGCGUCAUGGGCAUACAAGGAAUCCUCUUCAAUGACGUCUACGCCGCAUCCAAGUUCGCCGUGGAGGGGUUCUGUGAGAGUUUGGCCGUGCAAGCUCUGAGGUUUAGUCUCAACAUCAGUCUGAUCGAGCCUGGUCCCGUCAUCACAGAGUUUGAGCGUAAAGUGUACGAAGAAGGCCUGAAGACGGACCUCAGCGGUGCAGACAAAGUGACAGCAGACAUGUUCACCAACAUCUACCUGAAGAACUACAAACAAAUAUUUGAAACACUCGGUCAGACGGCCGAGGACGUGGCCGAGCACACGCUGAAGAUCAUCACCAUGGACAACCCGCCUUUCCGCCACCAGACCAACACGCUCUACACCCCCAUGACCACGCUCAAGUACGCCGACCCCAACGGCGACCUGCCCAUCGACACCUUCUACAAGAUGGUGUUUGAGCACGACAAGGUCUUCAACGCCAGCCUCAACUUCCUCAAGCUGCUGCGCUGGAGGAGCAGGAAGAGCUUCACCAGCGACAAGAGCAACUGAGCACCUCCAUCUUGGCUCCUCAAUGCAUCAUCUCAAUGUAUCAUCUCCAUAUGAGAAAUGAUUGAAGUAUUUAUUCCACUGUGUACCUAAUGAAGUGGCCGCUCUGUGCAGCAGUAAAUGAGAUAAUAGAAGAA